AUGGGUUAAGCAUAUUUAGGUUUAAAUCAGAUAGAUAAAUGUUUAGAACAUUUUUAGUUAGCUUAUAAUGAAAGUGUUACUAAAUUAGGAUUUGAUCACAAAUCUACUAAAGAGGUGGGGAAAUAAAUUAAUUUAACACGAUAACGAUAACGAUAUGAAAAUAAUAAAGAAUAGUAAUUAAUCUAAAAAUAAAUUCCAUAUCACAAUAAUAAAAGGGUAAUCAAGAAAACUUCAAAAGCUCAAAAUUAUUAACCAGAUAAAAUUGUUGAGUAGGAUCAAGAACUCAAACUAAAUUAUAACGAAAAUCUAACAUCAAAUUUAUAAACAUUUUUAGUAGAAUUUUCAAAAAAUAAAAAUGAAAAUUCUUAAGAUAUUAAAAUCUUAUGUUGUAAUUUAAUAAAUGAAUUUUUUGAUUAUGCUGAAGUAGAUAUAGAAAUAAAAAUAUCUAAUGUUAACUAGAAUUAAGUAGAUCACAUUUAAUAAGAAUACAAAGAUUUAAAUAUAUCAAUCAAUAGAAGUGGGUAAAAGCAAAAACCUAAUUAAACGGAUACAAAUUCUAAUUAAAAAGUUUAUACAAUGUAAGAAUAAACAGGUAACAACAUUUCCUCAAAAUAAAAAAUGGUCUACAUUUAAGAAGAAGUAGUUUCUGAAUAUAUUGUUGAGGCACUCCAAAAAGACAUUUAAUUUAAACUGGAUGACUAAUCAUACUAAUAUAUAAUAAGACCUAAAUUCAGUUUGAAUCAAACAGAAUCAAACAAAUUUUUUGAUAAAUUUAAAAAUAGAUUGGAUCAUACCAUUAUUUUAACAUAUAACUUACAAUCACAUGUUGAAGCUUCUUAAAUUCUAAAUAUAUUAAAUUAUUAAUCAAUUUAAUAAAAGUUGUGCUAAUCAUUAAAUUUAAAAGAAAUUAUAGUAUUCCUUUCAUCUAACAUUUGUCUUAAUAAUUUUGAAUACUAUCCAGAGUUGAAAAAAUAGGCAGAGAUUUUAAAAUAAAACUCAACAUAGAUUAUCCUUCUUGCUUAAAGAGAUUUAAAAGAUAAAAUCUAUUAAAUUUAAUAGUAAUUUAAUCAGUUUGUAUAAAAUUCUCGAAAAUAUCAACUAAAUAACGACCUAUUUGAAAUAGUACUUGAAAAUAAACCUGAUUUAAAAGUUAUUUAAUCAAAAGUCAAAUAAUUAUAAGAAGAGGUUGGCAAUUUUAAUAUCAUUAUUAAAGAACCAAUAGUUAAAAUAGAGAGUAACAAAAAUUAUGUUUUCCAAGCCGAAAUGGAAUAAUUAAAUGAUGAAAAUAUAAAAAUUUGUCAAAUAUAAUAGAAUUUUUAGAAAAUGAAAGAGCAAAUACUCAAAAUUUUUUUCCCAUGUUUGGAACUGAAGAUCUUUGAUAGAAAUAAAAUUAAGUUAUGGAAUAAUUUCCUUAAUCAAUAUCAUAAUGAUGAUGAAAAAGAAAAUUGGUCUAUUUAACAAGAAUUGAAUUUGCGUAUUAAAGGAGAGCAAGAUUUAAUUAAUAAAAAAGAAUAAAUUAUUAUUUAGGAUCUAAAUAAUUAUUAAUUUUAAAGCAUUUAUUUCAAUUCUCAAGAAAAAAUUUUAUAAGUAAUUAAAAAUAAAUAAAAAUUUGAUGAACUUUAUAAAUAAACAUUUGUUAAAAUAUCCCAAAAAUUUGGAAAAUGUUUAAUCAAGAUAGUUGAUAUUGACAUAAAAGGGUUAAAAUUUAAAGUCGAAGUCUACUUUGAUAACUAAAUAGAAAUCAGUUAAAUAUCUUAGUAACUUUAAGAACAAUUUUUUGAUUAAUUAAAUAUUUACUAAGAAGAUAUUGAAAUUUUAGAUAUAUUAAGUUUUUUAAGAAAGACAAAAAGGCAAUUUUAAGAAGAAUAUUAAAUAGUUGUAUCAAAAAUGAAUAGAGAAUAUUGUUUUAUUGGCAAUAAUGAAAAUUUAAACUAAAUUAAAUAAUUAUUGGUUUAAAUUAAAUAAUCAAAAAAAGAAAAAAUUAUCAAAGAAUGUAUUAAAUGUCCAAAUUAGAUUAUUUUUAAUUCUUUAAAAUAACAAUAAAACGACUAAGGAUUGUUCGAUAAUAAAGAUAUAUAAAUUAAUUAUUUAAGAGACUUUAACAUAACUCUUUGUUCACUUAAUUAAUAGAUAAUAAAAAAUAAGUGUGAAAACCUCUCUACAGAAAUGAAAUAGCUUGAAUAACGAAUCCAAAAAAAGCUCUACAUAUUUUAAGAAAAACGAACAAAAUUUAUUGAAAAAAAUUUAAAAGAUUUUUGUAAGAAUAAUUUAGAAGAGGAAAAUAAUAUAUUUAUUAAAUUUUAAAAAAAUUAUUACAAAAUCAUAUCUGAAUUAGAGUUGGGUAAUAAAUUAUUAUAGAUUUUACAUGCUGAUAUCAAAUAAUUAGAAUGUGAUGCAAUUGUCAAUUUUUCUAAUCAUCCUAAUACUAGUUUGAGAUAAUUAGUUAAUCAAAUUUUAGAGUUUGGAGGAUACUUCUGA